GAGCCGGAAGUAGUUAGGGAACUUGGCCGAGAAGUCGGGAUCUAGAUUGUUUGCUGUCGUUUUUCCGCACUCACUGGUCCUGACACUGCCACCACUGCCGCCGCCAUGGGGAAACGGCAGCAUCAGAAGGACAAGAUGUACAUUACCUGUGCUGAAUACACUCACUUCUAUGGUGGCAAGAAACCAGAUAUCCCACAAGCAAAUUUUCGCCGUUUACCUUUUGAUCACUGCAGUCUCUCUCUGCAGCCCUUCGUCUACCCAGUCUGCACUCCUGAAGGCGUCGUCUUUGACUUACUUAACAUUGUCCCUUGGCUUAAGAAGUAUGGGACCAACCCCAGCAACGGAGAGAAAUUGGAUGGGAGGUCACUGAUCAAGCUCAACUUUGCAAAGAACAAUGAAGGAAAGUACCACUGCCCCGUGCUGUUCACUGUGUUCACCAAUAGCACUCACAUCGUAGCUGUCAGGACCACGGGCAAUGUCUACACCUAUGAGGCAGUGGAGCAGCUAAAUAUCAAGGCUAAGAACUUCCGAGACCUGCUGACAGAUGAGCCCUUCUCUCGCCAGGACAUCAUCACUCUCCAGGACCCCACCAAUUUGGACAAAUUCAAUGUCUCCAACUUCUUUCACGUGAAGAACAACAUAAAAAUAACAGAUCCUGAUGAAGAAAAGGCCAAACAGGACCCAUCUUAUUAUUUGAAAAAUACAAACGCUGAGACCCGAGAGACGCUGCAGGAGCUCUACAAAGAAUUCAAAGGGGACGAGGUUCUGGCUGCCACCAUGAAAGUCCCAGAGAAGAAGAAAGUGGACAAACUGAAUGCUGCGCACUAUUCCACUGGGAAGGUCAGCGCUUCCUUCACCUCCACUGCCAUGGUUCCAGAGACCACGCACGAAGCAGCUGCCAUCGAUGAGGAUGUGCUGCGCUACCAGUUUGUGAAGAAGAAGGGCUAUGUGCGGCUUCACACCAACAAGGGCGACCUCAACCUGGAGCUGCACUGCGACAUGACACCAAAAACCUGUGAAAACUUCAUCAAGCUCUGCAAGAAGCAGUAUUAUGACGGCACCAUCUUCCACAGAUCCAUCAGGAACUUUGUGAUCCAAGGGGGAGACCCCACUGGCACAGGGACAGGUGGGGAGUCGUACUGGGGAAAGGCCUUCAAAGAUGAAUUCCGGCCCAACCUCUCGCACACGGGCCGGGGUAUCCUCAGCAUGGCCAACUCAGGGCCCAACACUAACAAGUCUCAAUUCUUCAUCACCUUCCGCUCCUGCGCAUACCUUGACAAGAAGCACACUAUCUUCGGGCGGGUUGUUGGGGGCUUUGACACAUUGACAGCCAUGGAGAAUGUGGAGAGUGACCCCAAAACUGACCGCCCUAAGGAGGAGAUCCGCAUCGACUCCACCACGGUGUUUGUGGACCCCUAUGAGGAGGCUGAUGCUCAGAUUGCUGAGGAGCGGAAGAAGACGCAGCUCGAGGAGGCAGCCCCAGAAAGCACCGUAAAAUCAAGCCAGCCCAAGCCGGGGAGCCAGGGCCCCCAGACAUACCGCCAGGGGGUGGGGAAGUACAUCAACCCAGCAGCCACGAAACGUGUAGCAGAGGAAGAGCCCUCAACCAGUGCAGCUGUCCCUGUGGCCAAGAAAAAGCCCAGCCGGGGUUUUGGGGACUUCAGCUCGUGGUAGCAGCAGCCUGUGUGCCAGCCUGGCUUCCUUGCUCCUGAUCUUGACAUGGCCACCUUGGUCUUCCCAAAGCACCUCUGCAGAAGGGUGGGGACAGCUGCCGCCUCCUGCCGCCGAUCUCCUUUGGCCGCAAGGCUGUCCACUCCUCACACUCACUCCCAAGGCCUAUGGGCUUCAGGUCAGCAGAGCCCCACCCUCCAUCCCACGUGCUUGCCCUUGGUUCUUUCCCUCACCCAAACUUCAAAUUCAUCAGCAAGUGUCAAUAGCACUUCCAGAACAUACUUGGGCUCUUUUUCCAUCUCUGAUGCCAAAAGGCUCAAGCCCUUUCUCUCACCUGCCUCUGUUCAAGCCCCUGUGCAUAGGUCAUAUCUGUGUCACCCUCUCUGCAGUCCCCCAGCUGGAGCCAGGGACCUGGGCUCUAGAGAGUGACCUCUCAGCCUCUGCCUUUGGCCAAGCCCUCAUCCCUCUUCUUCACGACCUCCUCACCGCUACCCUUCCAGCUAGCGAAAGGCUCAUACUCCAGUGUUUAUGCCUGAAACCUAUCCCAAGAGGCUGGUUCGCCCAGGAGGUGAGGGCUGGGUGCAGCAACAGCCGUGUAAAGGCACUUGCAGGCCCCCAACUAGUCACUAGUGGGCUCAGGGUGCAUGGGAGUGAAGGCCUGGGGGAGAGGGAGUGUCCCAGAGGGCUCCUAACCCCUCAGUGUUCAGGACAGGUGAGCUUAGGUUAGGCAUGCUCGGGCUACAUGGACAAGCCUCAGACCGGUGGGGAGCCUGGCAGCACAGAGCUCGUGACAGCGGGCCGCAUGGCCCCACAUGGGACUGGAGCCGCAACAAGGGAAACCAACUGCCUUAUGCCUGGACUCACAGAGCCCACUUACCCGUCUGCCCAGCAAGGACCAUGGGCGGUCACAGCCAUGUUGCCCUGUGGGCCACACCCAGGACUAGCUGCCUCUGUGGCUCAGGACAGGAACAGGACUGCACGUGGGAGAAGCUGUGGGCAGUGGGAACUGUGGGAAUCCAGGGCCCCUAGCACCCGCAACAGGAGUGGCUACUGCGAAGGACACAUCUGGCAAUGGAAGCUUUAUUUUUCAACCUCACACAGACACAGGACAGAGGGCUGGACAUGGAGGCUGAAGGAGGCUUGUGCACAUGAGCUAAGCAGUCCUGCUCCAAGGGGCAAACCUUCGGGCUGUUGUCCUUUGGUCCAUUCCUCCAGCUGCACCUGGUGACCACAUGCACCUGGCCCAAGGCAUGGCCGGGCCACCCUGGGCUGCAGAUCCACCCCAGAGCCUUUGACAAAUGAGGGUUUACAUUUCUGUAGGUCGUUUUGGAACUUAGUUUUCUAGUAUUAAAACCACUUGGAUUUUGUAAGUACCUGAUGAAGUCAUCAGGUAAAUUAAAGGACUUUUGAAAAAAA